AUGAAAGAAUUCAUUGCUAAUCGAAAACUUACCCCCCCAAUUAGUUUUCUGGAAAAGGUUUUAGGUAUUUCCCACCUUAAACACUUCUUCCAUCAUUCCCAAGGCUCUGUUAGAGAAAUCUACUUGACCCUUGGUGACACCGUAAUGCAAACCCUUUCAAAGGAGGCCAGGAAAGCCAAGAGCUUUGGUAUGCUGAUUGAUGAAGCUGAGAUAUAGCAGUGUCCUCCCAGCAGAUCUCAUUUAUCCAGUCUUGGGACCAAGAAAACUUAUCCGUUAGAAAAAUGAUCUGCCUUCUCAGAAUGUGCUAAAAGACGUUUUAAGUUGCAACUCAGAAGCCAUUACAGGGCUAGUUAGGAAGGAUUUGGCAGGCUGA